AUGUGCGUGCAUUCAACGGACGAAACAAUGGCCAGGAAAAAAGCCGGCUUCCCGCUGGGUGAGGCUGGGUCGCUUGCUGACAUGGCCCAGUCCCGUCUUCACGUCAUGGUUGGAGUUUAUGAUGACAUGGCGAACAUGGCGAAAGAGCUUGCCGCAAACUGA